AGCGUUGAGUGUGAUGGGCUGGGGGUGGCGGCCUGCGGAGUGCGGUGGGCGUGGCAGCCCUGCGCUGGUGUGGGCGUUGGUGUUCGUGCUAGCGUGGGCUGUCGCGUGGGCGGGGCGGGAUGAGGACUGUGACAUGGGGGAGAUGCGGUGCCACGAUGGAAGCUGCGUCUCCGCUGACCAGUACUGCGAUGGCGAGGCGGACUGUUCUGGCAGCGAGGAUGAACCGGCCCACUGCACGCAGUGCAACCGCCUGUACUAUGGCACAGUGGGCAAGACGUACGAGCUGCAGGUGCUGUGGCCGCUGCAGACCAAGCGAGCGCCGGUGUGCAACCUGACGCUGGUGGCUGCCGGUGGCCCGCACGGAGACCUCAUCCAGCUCGCCUUCCACAAGUUCACGCUCGGGAAACUCAACUCUCACACUGACCAGGGCUGCCCGCACGGCCACAUGCAGAUCAUAGAGAACCAGCGCAUCUACAGGCCGGGCUUCUGGUGCGGGGACGGCCUCGGGCUGCCCAUGUAUUACUCCGAGACGCCCUCCGUGUCAGUCAUCAUCUCGCGGCUCCCCACAGACGACGACCUCACCGCCCUCGACGACUUCCCGAGUUUCUACGUCAAGAUGUCGUACAAGUUCCUGCGGCGAGGGUCUGCUGUGGUGCGCUACGGGAUGGAGGAGGAGCCCAAGUACCUGGGCCUGCGGGACAAGACCACGGUGUGCAACGCUUUCUUCUCCAACUGUGACCAGCAACCGUGCUACGUGCAGUCCCCCAACUUCCCGGGCAUGUACCCACGCAACACCACGUGCUACUACCACCUCAAGCAGACCAAGGCGCCGCCCGGCAAGCGAGCCAUCAUCGCGCUCAGCCAAGACGACGGCCAGCUGGUGCACACAUAAAGAGUCAGGCGCAGCCACACGACACGGCCGAGCGCCACCUCAAACUGUACGAAGACUGCUACUACGUGGGGGACUACGUGCGUGUGUACGACGGCAACUCCACCACCUCGCCCGUGCUAGUCACCUUCUGCCGAGGCGACAUCGUGCCGGAGAUCGUGUCCUCUGGGCCAGACGUCCUCAUUGAGUUCACCACGUCGCCUUUUGACAACCCGAACCACGAAAUG